UGUGCAGUAAAUAAGCUUUUUGGUGCUUUAUCAAUUGAACGACGCGAAUUAUGGACACAGUUGCGCAGGGUAAACGAACCGAGUCGCAUUGCGCCUCUCAACAGGUCUAAGCAGCUACUUUGUGGAGAAGCGCGGGAAGUGAACUGGAACGAGAACUGGAACUGGAAGAAGAUGGCAACACCACCAAAGGGUCAAGCAUUGGAAGCUGUGCAAAAUGAAGUGCGGGAAUGGUUCGAGGCCAAUCCAAACUUGCCCGAAAAAAUACUCCCCAUUGUGCUGCGACGAUUUCUCAAGUGCAUGGACUAUGAUGUGAAGAAGACGAAAGCUCUCAUUGAGCUCAACUACAAUCUGCGCAAUAAAAAUACCAAUAUCUAUAUAGAUCGCGAUAUGGACGACGAGAAAACAGCGCAGGCGUUGAAAGCAUCCGAUCUCGUUCUACUGCCGGGCGUAACACCGGAACGCCACAAGCUUCUAUUCUUCCGCAUGGUUGACUACGAUCCCCGCUCGCGCAACACGGAGCAGGAGGCCAAAGUGUUCUUUAUGGUGAGUGACACGCGCUUUACGGAACCGGACAUUCCCCUGGACAUUGACACGAAUUUGGAUGCGGAUGAAGUGCAACGAAUGAGCGAUCAAGCUGAUGCCGAUAUCGCCGAUGGCGAUAUACACAUUGUCGACAUCAAUGGCUAUACGAUGCGACAUCUGGCAUAUGUUUCGAUCUUUGUGCUGCGCGUCCAGAUGAAAUUUUUACAGGAAGCAUAUCCAUCGAGACUUAAAGCUGUGCACAUUAUCAAUUGUCCGUCGUUUCUCGAUCGCAUGAUGGCCAUGAUGAAACCUUUUAUUCGCGAAGAGAUUCUCCAGUUGAUGCACUAUCACACCGAGGGCUUGGACAGUCUUUAUGAGAAAAUACCCAGGGAUAUGCUGCCAAAUGAAUACGGCGGAAAAGCUGGUUCCAUGACCGAGCUGAAAGCCCAAUGGCUACAAAACAUUAAAGAAAAGACCCCGUAUCUCAGGGAUGACAAAUACUGGCGCAUCACAUCAGCGACCAAAAGUCGUUGGUCGUGGUUCUAAUACCCCAAUAGUAUCAUUUAUCUCUAUUGCCAAAAUUGUGAUUAUUAAUUUGAGAGAGUGGGAAACAACGAGCGUUGUCAGGGGGAAAUUUAGAACCUAUGAUAUUUCAAAUUGUAAAAGGGUUUACAUAUAUAAGUCUUUUUUUU